CCCUCCCUCCCUCUCUCCCCUUCCCUCCCUCCCUCCCCUUCCCUCCCUCCCUCCCCUUCCCUCCCUCCCCUCCCCCCUCUCUCUCCCCCCUCUCUCUCCCCCCUCUCUCUCCCCCCUCUCUCU